AUGUAUCGGAAGUUGUCUAAGUUAGAACACUCGGAAAUAAAACAACUUCUAACAGAAGCUAACAUAGAAGUAGCAAAACAUUACGCAACAAACAAAAAAGCACUCGCUGACAUCCUCAAUGACUACAAUGGUGCUAUAAGUUAUGAUAGAAUUCAUGAGUUCAUAAAGCCGCAACGCGGCGAGGACGAAGUCCAUGCAAGAGCAUUUCCUUUAAAUGACGUUGCUAUUGACUUAUAUCAUAGACGUUCAGUACCUCAUGAAGUAAGAAGAGAAAUGUUUGACAUAACAAAUGCAAACGUUGGUCAUACUCGUAAAGCUCUUUCACAUGAUGUUCGUCAAGAGAUGUUUGAACUUACGAACUCAAACGUUGGUGAAACAAGAAGAGCUGUACCUCAUGAAGUAAGAAGAGAAAUGUAUGACAUAACAAAUGCAAACGUUGGUGAAACACGAAAGAGAGAUGACACACUGAAACAACAGAGAAGAGAGAUGUUUAAGAGCGCUAUAGAACAAGUUCGCAAAGCUAACGAUGUCAUUCGUUCCAUUGACGACAAACCAAAAGAAGGUGAGAGAUGGUUAAAGAAAGAUGAAGAGAAUAGGAAGAGAAAUGUGAAGUCAGGCAGUAGACUCAUUGACUUUAACAUUGAAGCUUUAGAUGAACCAAACAGAGACUACUUACACAAACAUUUCGGUAA